AUGGCGCAUCCAAUGUCCCUCCGAGACCGCCAGGUCGCCUCUAUUCAAAAACUUUUGAACUUGAAUCAUGAUCCCCGCCCCGCUGAGGACUCCAAUGACCCGUCUAGCCAUGGCGGCCUCGUCUCGCAAUCUACUCCGAUAUUGAAUGAAGAUGGCGAUCCAAUCUGGAAAGUCCUGGUCUUCGAUGCGAUGGGUCGUGAUGUGAUUAGCAGUGUCUUGCGAGUAAACGACCUCCGAACAUGGGGAAUCACUAUUCACCUGAACAUCAACUCCCAGCGAUACCCCAUUCCUGACGUCCCUGUUGUCUACCUCGUUGAGCCAAAUGAGACGAACAUUCAAGCGAUCACGCGCGACCUCUCUCAUGGCCUAUACUCCCCCGCCCAUGUCAACUUCUUAUCCUCCGUACCCCGACCUCUCCUCGAGGAUUUUGCUUCUCAAAUAGCUACCUCUGGCGCUUCAGAACAUAUUGCGCAGGUUUUUGAUCAAUAUCUCAACUUCAUCGUGGCUGAACCUGAUCUAUUCAGUCUGGGCUUGGGGAACAACGCAUACUACAAGAUCAACAGCGGAAAGACGACUGAUGAGGAUCUGGAUGCGAUUGUGGACAAGGUAGUCAGCGGCCUUUUUAGUGUCAGCGUCACAAUGGGUUCGAUUCCUGUCAUUCGAUGCCCCAAAGGCGGUGCAGCGGAAUUGAUCGCGACAAAGCUCGACCGGAAAUUACGUGACCACAUCCUCAAUUCGAAAGACAACCUCUUCUCAGGUAACCAGCGAGCCUUGCCAGGAGUACCUUCUUCCCGUCCAGUGUUGAUCAUCAUGGAUCGAAACGUCGAUUUGGUACCUAUGCUUUCGCAUUCGUGGACAUACCAGUCUCUGGUGCAAGAUGUGCUACAGAUGCGCUUGAACCGGAUCACCUUGGAUGCCGAUGAGCAGGACUCUGGCAAGAGUGGAAACAAAUCGUACGACUUGAACAGCACCGAUUUCUUCUGGCAACGGAAUGCUGGCGCGCCAUUUCCUCAGGUUGCUGAAGACAUCGAUGCUGAGUUGACCCGGUACAAGGAAGAUGCGAAUGAUAUCACGAAGAAAACUGGUGCUUCUUCUAUUGAAGACCUUCAAAACGAUACAAGUGCUUCUGCACAACACCUCAAAGCAGCGAUAACAUUGCUUCCAGAAUUGCGCGAACGCAAAGCUGUCCUCGAUAUGCACAUGAACAUUGCCACUGCCUUGUUGAAAGGCAUCAAGGACCGACAGCUUGAUAACUUUUUCGAAUUAGAGGAAAAUAUCACCAAGCAGUCUAAAGCUCAGCUUCUGGAAUUAAUUAAUGAUCCAGCUAAGGGCAGUCAGCCGACGGACAAGCUCCGCAUUUUUAUCAUCUGGUUCCUCAGCACCGAGUCAGAACUGAGCCGUACAGAGAUGACACAAUUUGAAGAAGCUCUGACAAAGGCCGGUGUCUCCGACAUCAGUCCUCUCUCUUACGUUCGACAAGUCCGUGAAAUCACCCGCAUGACCAUGAUGACGACCGCUGCUCCUGAGCAACAAUCCUCCGACCUUUUCCGUGGCUUUUCAUCGCUCUCCAACCGCCUUACAGACCGUAUCACCUCCGGUGCCCUCGGCGCCAACUUUGACUCUCUCAUUUCUGGGGUUAAGAACUUCCUCCCUGCCAAUAAAGAUCUCACCGUAACCAAGAUUACUGAGUCUAUUAUGGAUCCAGCUGCUGCAUCCAGCUCUGCUAUUGCUAAGACAGAGAACUACCUGUACUUUGACCCACGUAGUGCCAAUGCCCGUGGCGCCAUGCCCCCAGCCUCCGCCUCACGAAACCAACAAAUGCCUGGCUCAAUGGGUGCGCCUGGCCCCGGCACUAGCGCCACAUUUGGUCAGCGGCGUCAGGCCUUCAAUGAGGCUAUUGUGUUCACUGUUGGUGGUGGCAGCAUGGAUGAAUACGGUAACCUGCAGGACUGGGUGAAACGAACGAGUGGCCAGCCAGGUGCUGACGGUGCCCCUUCAACCAACCGUGCACCUGUACCCCGACGCAGAGUCGUUUACGGAAGUACGGACUUGAUGAAUGCAAGCGAAUUCUUGACAGAUUCCUUGAUGCCGUUGGGACAGGAAAGUUAA